GUGGCAAAUCACCUCCUCUGUUAACACCGGCACCAUCCUUCUGUUAACUUUUAACAGUUCGCUCAUAAGCCCUUCCUCCAUCGAUGUCGUCGAGUACCAUCGACCCAGAAGUCAUCUUCAAGCUGGCUCUCCACGUGGUCUGUGUCUCCUGGCAAUAUGCCGCUCGAUUACUCUAUUUACGCUAUCCCGGACUCAAAUCCAACGCUCUAUUAGCAUUGCUUCUGCCGGAGAAUCAAACAGGCCGGCAAUGUUGUCGGAUCUACAACUAUUGCUCCCACAAAAUCCAAAGGAUUUUUCUACCACAACUCCAGGGAGGAUGGUAUACUGCAUCCUCUCAUGGCUGUCUUCUCAUCGUUGCCAAUCAAGCCAUUCAUCUUUUAAAUCCCAUCACCAGCGCCACCGUUAAGCUUCCUCCUGAGAAACGAUUCAGGAGGCUAGAAAUCUGUCGGAUGAGUUCCAAGAAGCCGGAGUUUACGAGGGUGAUCACCUCCACCAUUCCGAGGGAUCCUCUCUGCAAAGUCCUGGCCAUCCAUCCCGGUAAACACGGACACAGUUUUUCCUUUUGCAGAACAGGGGAUCAUGCAUGGAUCAGAAUAAACAACUUCGUGGGACGAUGUUCCGAUGCAAUAUUCUACAAGGGUGACUUCUACGCCAUUGAUUUUUACGGUUACAUAUGGGUUAUUCAACCUACCGUCAACAACUUUCAGAAAGCAGUGAAACUGAGUGUAGAACCAAUCAAAGAGGGAUGCCAAUGCUAUUACUUGGUGGAGGUGAAGGGUGAUCUGUUGAUGGGGGUGAAGAAACAAUGUUUACUUAGUGCUUGUUAUAUUUACUGAAUGGACUGCGAGAAGAAAUCAUGGGUUCGGAU